AUGGAGCCGAAAAUCGCGCCAGUAGAGUCCAAGAUCUCGGAACCAUCAGAAGAUGAGAAGCUCUCUACCGCACAACUCGAUGCCCUCGCCGCUCAAGCAACAGAAGCACAACACCAUCUACCGCCUCUCCAAGCUCUCAAAGCCUACUGGCCAGCAGUCUUCUGGUCAGUGAUGGUAUCCAUGUGUGUUAUCAUGGAAGGCUAUGAUGCGAUUCUCAUCGGCAACUUCUUCGCAUACCCUACUUUUGCCAAGAAAUAUGGAAGUUAUGACGCUUCCACAAAUACUUACCAGCUCACUGCAGCUUGGCAAGCGGGACUCAGCGAUUCUUCAGGAGUAGGAGCAUUCUUUGGUAUCCUCGCGAAUGGUUAUCUUGUUGCAUGGUUCGGACCGAAGCGUGUCCUGCUGGGAGCUUUGCUGGUGCUAACUUGCUUCAUCGCCAUGACUUUCUCGGCACCCACUAUUGGUAUCCUUUGCGCUGGAGAAUUUCUAUGUGGUAUUCCAUGGGGAAUCUUUGCGACCAUCGCACCGAGUUAUGCCUCGGAAGUCUUACCUCUCUCGUUGCGAGUUUAUCUGACAUCGUACACCAAUAUGUGCUUCAUCAUCGGUCAGUUGAUCGCAGCUGGUGUUCUGGAUGGGCUCGUUCAAAUCGACAACGAGUGGUCUUACCGGGCUGCUUUCGCUCUCCAAUGGUUCUGGCCAGCAUUUCUGUUCCCAGCCCUCCUGUUCAUGCCUGAAUCACCUUGGCAUCUCGUCCGUACAGGCCGUCUAGAUGAAGCGGAGAAGUCACUCGUCAGACUCCAAGCCAAGACUGCAUCCGUCAGCCCGAAAGAAACACUGGCAAUGAUAAUUCACACCAACGACCUGGAACAGGAAUUAACAGUCGGUACUUCAUAUUUCGACUGUUUCCGCGGCUUCGAGCUCCGUCGCACAGAAAUUGCCUGCAUCGCAUUCGCUGGUCAAAUGUUCGCUGGUGCUCCUUUUGCUUACAACUCGACCUACUUCUUUCAGCAGAUCGGCUUCUCGACUGCACAGACGUACAAUCUGAACGUAGGUGGUACCGCUUUGGCAUUGGUAGGCACAAUCUGCUCGUGGAUUUUCGUGAUGCCAAACGUUGGUCGAAGAAAGACGUACCUCUAUGGCAUGAUUACUCUCACCACCAUCCUCCUGCUUAUCGGCAUCCUCAACGUCAAAACAGACGUCAAAUCAGUUGCCACAGCUCAAGCAUCUCUGACACUGGUCUGGACAUUCAUCUUCCAGCUUUCGGUCGGACAAUUAGGCUGGGCAAUCCCUGCCGAAAUCGGUUCCACUCGAUUGAGACAGAAGACAGUUUGUUUGGCAAGAAAUGCUUAUUAUAUCGUGAACGUCGUGGCGAACGUUCUUGAACCUUAUUUCAUGAAUCCCACAGAGUGGAACCUGAAAGGGUACACGGGGUUCUUCUGGGGCGGGUUGGCAUUCUGCACAGCUGUCUGGACAUUCUUUAGAUUGCCGGAGACGAAGGGGAGGACUUUCGAAGAGAUGGACAUGCUGUUCGCGAAAGGCGUUAAUGCGAGAAAGUUUCAGGACGUGAAAUUGGAUGGUGUUGAAAGUCAACAAGGGCGCCUUGCUGAGAAGAGCACGGAGGUCUAG